CUAUCCGGUUUUUGUGGGCUGAGCCUAAGGAAAAAUUUGUUCCCAAAUCAAGGAAAAGGUCGGUUUCGUCUUCUUCCUUCUUCUACAAGUUGCCUGUAAACCCUCAUAAACCCUAGCAUGGCUUAAAGCCUCCAUUUCUAUGACCAUUCAUCCCUGACAUCCCCCAAGAAAUUUCACAAACCUCGCUGGCAGAAGAGGCAAGAUGUUUCGCUCACCGGAGACAAACGUGCCCUCCUCGAGAACCGUCCUCUCCGUGGCCGCGUCGGUCACUCUCUCGGCCCUCGCCCUCCGCCUGUUCGACAAAAUUCCCGAUGCCGUCGAGUGCUACCUCCUCUCGCGCCUCCGGGUCCUGUCCACGAGGCUGUCGUCUCGGCUCACCGCGGUCAUCAAGGACUCCGACGGGCUCGCCCCGAACCGGAUGUUCGAGGCCGCCCACCUUUACUUGGGCACCAAGUUAUCCCCGUCCACCAAGAGGGUCGACGUGCACAAGCCGCUCCAAGAGGAAGAGCUGGUCGUAAGGAUGGACACGGACCAGGAGUUGGUGGACUCGUUCAUGGGCGCGGAGUUGAGGUGGGUCUUGAUGUCCUCGACCAACGAGAACUCGGCGUCCGAGAGUAAAGUGUCGAGAGACCGGGGGGCGUCGAAGGCAGAAACGAAGUACUUCGAGCUCAGUUUUCGCAAGAGGCACAGGGAGAUGGUGCUGAAAUCCUACUUGCCCUGGAUUUUAAGCAAGGAAAAAGAAAUUAAGGAAGGGAGGAAGAUGGUGAAGCUUCAUACAGUGGAUUACAAUGGACCGGACUAUUGGGGGUCCAUCAAUCUCAAUCAUCCUGCGAACUUCGAUACCAUGGCAAUGGACCCCGAGAUGAAGGCAGCCUUGAUGGAGGACCUCGAUCAAUUUGUUGCCAGGAGGGAGUACUAUAAACGCGUGGGAAGGGCUUGGAAGCGAGGGUAUUUGUUGUACGGGCCGCCCGGGACAGGGAAAUCGAGCCUGGUCGCCGCCAUGGCGAACUAUCUUAAGUACGACGUGUAUGAUCUGGACUUGAGUGAAGUACAGUGCAAUUCUGACUUGAGGAGGUUGCUGAUUGGAACUGGUAACCGGUCAAUUAUAGUGAUCGAGGAUAUCGAUUGCUCGAAGGAGUCUAAAACCUUAGAUGAGGAGAAGAUUACUCUGUCAGGGUUGCUCAAUUUCAUCGAUGGCCUGUGGUCAUGCUGCGGAGACGAACGCAUCAUUGUGUUCACGACGAACCACAGGGACCGCCUUGAUCCGGCGUUACUGAGACCCGGUCGUAUGGACCUGCACAUCCACAUGUCUUACUGCUCCUUCAGCGGUUUCAAGACAUUGGCAUCUAACUACCUGGGGAUUCAGGAUCAGCCACUGUUCAAAGAGGUCGAGGAGUUACUGAAGGUGGUUCAAGCAACACCCGCUGAAGUUGCAGGCGAGCUCAUGAAGACUAAGUACCCGGACAUUGCACUUCAAGGCCUAAUCAAGUUUCUCUGUUGCAAGAGAGACGAAAUUCCAUAGGACAUGUUCAGUUAUAGAAAUGAACCAUUACCGAAAAAAGAAAUGCAAGGCAGAAUGUUGAGCUUUAGUUAUUUAGAUAAGACAGCAUUUGUGUCCAUUUUCCAACAA